UUCGCUCGCAUCGCACUCGCUUUGACAGUGUUAAAUGAAAGCGCUCAUCAUGGCAGUUUUGGCGCACCUGUACCCAGCCGUGUUUUUGGCUUGCGCGUGGAUGUCACUGUUCGGACCGAUUUCAUGUCACACCGGCGUUAUAAACCAGAGAAACGCACGGGACCGAGAGCUUGACAGCCGCGGUGGGCAUGUCACUGGCAGGGACGAAGCGCUUAUCGCGGCGCACAGCCGCGGAGGUUACAGCGGGGACCCCGGCGGACCCCGAGUCCGGAGGGCAUCGGCUCCGGAAAAAGUCUCUCUACUCAGCAGCUCUUUCGUUCUUAAAGGGGAUGCCACCCACAACCAGGCAAUGGUCCAUUGGACGGGGGAAAAUAGCAGCGUCAUCCUCAUUCUCACUAAAUAUUACCAUGCAGACACAAACAAAGUUCUUGAGAGUUCUCUUUGGAGAUCCAGUGAUUAUGGGUCAACCUACACCAAGCUCAACCUGAUGCCUGGAACAACCAUUAUCGUCACAAACUUCUACAUCUGUCCUACCAAUAAGAAAAAGGUGAUCUUGGUGAGCUCCAGCAUCAAUGAACGUGACCAGAUGCUCUUCAUCAGCACAGAUGAGGGUUCAUCCUUCCAACGGCAGCCUGUCUCCUUCUCCGUGGAUACACUCCUCUUUCAUCCAUCUGAGGAAGACAAACUUUUGGCUUACAGCAAGGAGGCGAAGCUGUACAUCUCCACCGAUCUGGGUCACAAAUGGACUCUGCUACAGGAGCGUGUUACAAAAGACAGAGUUUUUUGGGCCGUGACGGGGGUGGAUGUGGAUCUUGAUUUGGUUCACAUGGAGAUUCAAGACAUCGGUGGUGGAUACCUUUAUGUGACAUGUCUCAUACAAAAUUGCUCUGAUAAAAUGGUGACAGCACAGUUCUUGGGGAAGAUUGACCACAAUUCCCUCUCAGUGCAAGAUGAAUACAUAUUUGUGAAGGUAACUACAGGAAAUCGGACCAAGUAUUACGUCUCAUAUCGGAGAAAUGAAUUUGUUCAGAUGAGAUUCCCUAAAUAUGCCCUUCCAAAGGAUGUGCAAAUAGUGAGUACAGAUGAGAAUCAGGUAUUCCUGGCCCUGCAGGAAUGGUAUCAAACAGACACGUACAACCUCUACCAGUCAGAUCCACAAGGUGUCUAUUACUCGAUUGUGUUGGAGAACGUCCGCAGCACCAAGCAGCCUGAAGAGAAUGUCCUCAUCGACAUCUUGGAGGUUCGUGGCAUCAAGGGCGUAUUCUUAGCCAAUCAAAAACUUGAUGGAAAAGUGAUCACUCUUAUCACCUACAACAAAGGCAGAGACUGGGUACCACUGGCUCCUCCCACAACUGAUAUGAAUGGCAAACCUGUCAGCUGCAAGCAGCCUGACUGUCACCUCCAUCUCCACCUGCGAUGGGCUGACAACCCUUAUGUGUCUGGAACGGUCCACACUAAAGAUUCGGCCCCAGGACUCAUAAUGGGUGCAGGUAACCUUGGGUCUCAGCUGGUUGAAUAUAAAGAGGAGAUGUACAUCACUUCAGACUGUGGCAAGACCUGGAGACAGGUUUUCGAAGAAGAACACCACAUUCUUUAUCUGGAUCAUGGCGGUGUCAUUGUGGCCAUUAAGGACACCUCUAUCCCUUUAAAAAUACUCAAGUUCAGCAUUGAUGAAGGUCGAACAUGGAGCAUCCACAACUUCACCAGCACUUCUGUUUUUGUGGAUGGACUGUUGAGCGAACCUGGAGAUGAGACACUGGUUAUGACAGUGUUUGGCCACAUAAGUUACCGUUCGGAUUGGGAGCUGGUGAAGGUGGAUUUCCGACAGUCGUUUCCCAGGCAGUGCACAGAAGCUGAUUAUGACUCCUGGAAACUCACUGACCUACAGGGAGAGAAAUGCAUCAUGGGCCAGGAGCGAAUGUACAGGAGGAGGAAAGAGUCCUCGUUCUGCAUUAAAGGGAAGAGCUAUACAUCAGCUUUAACAACCAAACCCUGCCAGUGCACUGAGAAAGACUUUGCCUGUGACUACGGCUUUGAGCGUGCUCCCAGCCUCCGGUUAGAGGGCGAUCGCUGUUAUCCUGACUUCUGGCAUGAUCCCGACUCUCCACCUGAAAACUGCCACUUAGGACACAGUUACAAGUCCAGCACAGGUUACCGGAAGGUCAUCUCUAAUGUUUGUGAGGGUGGCUUGAAUAAAGAACAGAGCUCGAAGCAGCAUUCCUGCCCUCUGCUGCCCCCUAGAGGUCUGCAGCUGGGCAUCAAGGGACAGAUGCUGGCCGUGGCACCUGGUGAUGACAUCACUUUCAUUGUCCAUCAGGAACAGGGUGACACCACCAGCACCAGAUAUCAGGUGGAUCUGAUGGACGGCGUCAGGGCUAUAUAUGAAAACCUGACUGUCACAGAUGAACCCAUUCAACACCGUUACGAGAAGCCAGGUGUUUACCGUGUCAAUGUGAAGGCUGAAAACUCCGCUGGACAUGACCAAGCCACACUUUACAUCCAGGUUACAGCUCCUCUUCAAGAUGUCCAUCUGGAGGUGGUCCCAAUCGCUGGCAGAAAUCAAGAAGUAAAUCUCACAGCUAUAGUGCUGCCCACUGAAGCAAACCUUACUGUGUUUUACUGGUGGAUUGGAGAUAACCUUCAGCCGAAGCUGACCCUGGAGAACAGUCUGAUUACAAGGUUCUCCGAGGAGGGGGAAGUUCCCGUGACGGUUCAGGCUUCUAAUGGCCGAUCCAUGGUACAGGACAGCAAGACUGUCAUUGUCUAUGAUCAUUUCCAGGUCAUCCCUUUGAGUUUCAGUCAUAAUUUGGAUCGCUUUAACCCAAACAUCCCUGAAUGGAGACAAGAUGUGGGACAAGUUGUAACCAAGAUUCUUGCAAAGCUCACAGGGGUUCCUCAGGACUCUUUGGUUACCACGGUGAAGCCUGGUCUUCCCACCACUGCAGACCUCUAUGUUCUACCUCAAGAGAGCACACCGGUGAAGAGGAGUGUGUUUGUGGAUAAGCGUGUUCCCACUAUAAAGCAGGUUCUGAGUGAGAACAACGUGAGCUUUAUUGUGAGAGGAGGGUUAAGAGUAUUGGUGACUCUGGCAGACUCGGAUAGAGGUUCUCGGCUGGCUGCAGCAGGUCCAGGUGUUUGGGCUCUAGCUGUCUUUCUUCUCAUCAGUCUGAUCUCAGCUGCAGCAUUCAUACUCUUCAAGUUUAAAAGGAAAAACUACAAAAACCAUGGUUCCUUGCUGAGGCCAGAGGAGAGCAGCCUAACGCGUCCCUGGCUGCGUUUCAGAAAACUGCCGGGUCGAAACGUCUACGCCCAGAUGCACAAUGAGAAGGAGCAGGAAAUGACCAGCCCUGUCAAUCACAGUGAGGACACGCAGAAUAUCAUUCAAGGCGAGGAGUUCAUUGAUGACGACCUUGACUCGCAGACACUAGGUAACGCUGGAGGCAACCACUCAGGAGUGGUGUUGAGCAUAAAUUCAAGGGAGCUGCACAGUUACCUGACCAGCUGAUGACCAAUGUGAAGGUGCCAGCGAUGAGCACAAUAGACUAUGCCUUCCUCCUCUCUCCAGAUCUGACCCUUCAGACACCCUUACAGGAGAGAGAUCAGAGACACACCUGCACCAAACCUUCUCCUCCUCUCUCUAUCUUCUCUCUGUCUUUUCCAGCCUCUGUUUCCUCAUUCCAGGAGGUGGAUUUUGUACCCAGGCUUCACUGAUGAUCACAUACGCACACUUGCAUUUGUUGGUCUCUGCACCCUGUAGUCUGUCUCAUGCCUGUCCUCCUUCUCUCUCUUCUCAUUACCGCUCUUAUCACAGGAGCAUGGAAUCAGCCCCACGUACUAAUGCCCAGGGAGAAACCCAUUGACAAACGCUUUAUUUUCCAUCUUUUGUUCGUUUUGUCUUUCUGUCUGAAUAGCGUUUUUGACUCUCUUGUGGACACUGUAAAACUCAGACUAGACAGAUAGGUGAGUGAAGAUAGGUGUGAACGAUACACAUUUCAUUCAGGGGAAAGCAAUGUUUGUUAGAUAUAGCCAAAGGGAAAACACUUAAGAUAUCCUGUCACCCUCUUUUGUUUGUAUUGUAAACAAAACAUUGAGUUGAAUUUUCAUAUGCAAUAACACAUCUCUUGCUUUAAUCAAUAGCAGAAUUUAUUCUUUUGCCCCGUUGAUUAUGCUAUGCAGUAAAGUCAAAUCCUUUUUGUCUGUCUCAUCUGAUGCUGCAACACAUCAGUGAUGUUUUUCCUUUUCCCCUUUCCGCAUCAUUAACAUCUAAUUAGUAAAGGCAAUGAUGGUGUAAAACUUUAACACCGAUAAUUAGCAUUGAUUGCGUCGAUCCAAGAAAUGCUUUUAUCGCAAGCAAAUUACGGCAGGAGCAAAAAUGACACACCUUUCCAAUUACUGCCAAAUCAGCACAGCAGGGUCUUUCUUGGUUUUCUAGAAAAGCCUGCGCCAAUUAUCGUAGCCGUCGUUUAAAUUUACAAGGCCCAAGACAUCGUUUUGUGGGUGUCCAUAAGAUAUUGCCCCUUGAGCCUCCUUUUUGUUUGUUUUCUCCAAGAACUACAGUGCCAAAUUUAAAUCGGUGAGAUUAUACACCAUUUAUCUUCACUGCAUAAUGAAACUGUAUCCCCUAACAAAUCGAAUCCCAUCGUUCAUCUUGCGGAAAUCUUUUGUGAAAGCUAGCUAAAUUCACAUGCUCGUUUAUUUAUUGGACUUUAGAUUUCCUCACAAGCAUCAGCCAUCAGAUCUUGACAGGGAGUCAACACAGGAUGGUACACAGCGUAGCAUGUGCUAGCUGUCAGGUGUAGUGUGUGUGUAUAAGCCUAUAUUAGGCGCAGAAGGACGAGGUUACGUUCCCUUUCGUUUGGCUUGUGUAUAUAUAACAAUGUGUACAUAGAACCCUCUGUAUAUAGACCCGCCGAAAUAUGACACUUUCAAUAGACCAAAAUGUGCACUGUUUUCUCCCAAAUGCCUCGCACUGGGUUUUCUUGAAUUCAGGAGUUCUACAUGGACAUGAUUCGAUCACUUCUACAUCUUUGUCUUUAUUCAGCGUUGUUUACCGAAGGAUAUUCUUAAUAUUUCACACUAUCUAUAACAUUUAAACUCACGCGACUAAAGAGCUGUGUGAGAAGUGGUGCACUGUCUUUGUGUGCAUUCAAAUACAUUUUUUUUGGGACAUUUGAAGGGUUUAGCUAUUUGAAUUCGAGGUGUCUGUCUCAACGCACACGUCUUGCUGUUGGACUCACUAGUGUUUUCUGGAUGUCAAUGGAUGAAGGUCUCUCACUUGCACUAAUCACAGCUCUUGUACAGUGUUGUUCAGGUGGGUUCAGGGAACACUUCAUUUUCAAUUGAGAAAGACACUGUGUGUUAUGUUAUGCUACAUGAGAAAAAUAGCGAUGUAGGGUGACCAUACGUCUUCUUUUUCUCUUACAUGUCCUGUCUGGUAUUUCUUAGUUCACCCCUUGAUUUACUCAAGCCAUCUUAGGUUUUUAUGACUUUAUCCUUUCAGACGAAUACAAUCACAGUCAUAUUUAAAAACGCCCUGGCUCUUCCACAAAACUGAGGAUUGUAAAGGAAAAUGUUGAAGGGUUUCGAUAUAGGCCAGAGGGAAGACUCGUUUACUGUAAACAAAACUUGUUUUUUGUGACACUAGAAUAUUCUCACUGGAGCUUACGCUAUGCAUAUGCCAUCCGCCACUCUCUUGUGAACGUGUGUAUGACAGUUCAAGUUUUAAAUGUGGAUAUUUUUCUUAAACGCAUUUUUGCUUUGCUUCUCUUCAAAAGGCAUUUAUUAACCCCCCAGAGCCAUCAGGAGUCCUUUUUGUGAUGGAUGGAUGAACUAUAUAGGACUUCAACAUCUCAACACCCAUUCACUGCCAUUAUAAAAACUCGGAAAAUUCAGGAUAUUUUUUUAAACAUAAGAAAGAAGAAAGUCAUAUACACCUAGGAUGGCUUGAGGGUGAGCAAACUAUGAGGUACCUUUAAACGUCUGGGGUUUGGAUUUUUGUCAUACUUGCUAAAGGUAAUGACUGAAAAGUAGCGAUACAACCCAGAACCCUAGAAAUUUUAGACAAUUUAGAAACCCCAGCCAGAGCCAUGUACAAAAAAAUAAAUAAAAACAUGAUGUAUGUUCACUCUUCAGGAAGACUUUAUAGCUUGCAGGUUCGCUGUGUCUUUAACACAUUCUGUUGUGGAGCUUGAGAAGAUUGUGUCUUUCAGGUUUGAUUCAAACACUGACUGCGGUCUUGAGUCAGUAGAUUCUUUCAGAAUAAACCAAAAAGAUGGCAUCUCUACAUUCACCAGUUUAUGCUUAUGUAUAUCAAUAAUACAAAAUUGUUCGUUUCUGUACAAUGCAAACCGUAUGGACUAAUUGCACCAGAAGCUGAACUGUCUUUUUUUUUUUUUACUUGUAUAUGCACAGUUAUUUAGUAGUGUGUCAUUUGUAUUUCCAUCCAUGAAGCAACGAGGAAAAGCCUGAGUGUCCCGUUAAGAGAUGUUUCUGUGCGAGUUUAUCUUUAAUGAUGGCACACUCCUGCAACAAGGACACUUCGUAUAUACACACCUGAAUCCUUUUUGAAAUUCAGACUCAAAUGUGGUGGAGAGACACAGUUGAACUGAUUCUGUAUUUUUUCACUUUUUUUUUUUUGUUCUUGUUUCUUUAUAAUGUAAAUGUUUUUGACUCCACUGCAACAAGUGAAAAGCACUUAAUUAGCGUGUCUGAAUUCAAACACACUAACUGUAAAGGUUUGUUUUGUUAGUUUGAGCUGUUUAAUAAAGUUUUAACAUGAUUCAUGAA